CCGCAGCUUCAAGCCUCCAACCCAUCCAACUUCUUCCCUCUCAACCAUCACAUCACACCCACGACCAAAUUCUACCUACCAACCAUGGCCCUCGUCGCCUACUCCGACUCCGAAGCCUCGGACUCAGAGCCCGAAACCACCGUCCCUCAACCCCAACAAGCCCCGAAGAAACCCACCACUACUACCGCAACCACCACCACCAACAACACCAGCAACAACAACAAACUCGUCGACCGCACCAACCCCCGCAAAAUCCGCGUCGCAUUACCAGACAUCAAACCCGAACACAACGAUGACACCGAUAACCCGCGCAAGAAACCCAAACUAGGCGGCAGCGGCGGCGGUGCAUUCUCCGGCUUCAAUUCAUUCCUACCUGCGCCGAAGAAAACCACAACUACUACCGCCAGCAACAGCGCAACGGAGAAAAAAGCGCCCGCGCGCAAGAUAUUCAGCUUGAAGACGGGCGCAGCGCCGGGGUUCGAUCGCGAGGCGGAUGCGGAGAUGCGGAAUGAGCGGGCGUUUGGGGCGUUAGGCGGUAAUGGAGAUGAGGAUGAGACGAUACCCAAGGCGGGGAGUAUGAGGGAUCAGGAACUGGAUUUUGGGAAUGAGGACAAGAAUGGGGGAGGAGAGGAGGUUGUACCGCAGAUGAAAAAGCCAGAGGAGGUCAAGUUGAAGGGAAACCCGAUGAUGUUCAAGCCCUUGUCUGUGGGGAGAGCGUCGCAACAGAAGAAGAGGAAGGCUGUAUCGGAUCUCAUGCCCGCUGCUGCGGCUGUACGGAGGAAGGAGGAUGGGCCGACGGCAGCUUCGUCUACAUCUGCAUCUGCAUCUACAUCUACGCCUGCGGCGGCGGCGGCGGCGGCGGCGGCUGCUGCUGCUGCUGCUGCUGCACCACCACCAAAACCCAAAAUCAGCCUCUUCUCCCUCUCCGCCGAUAACGACGACAACUCUACACCUACCACCACCGCCACCACCACAGGAACAACCUACGAACCCCUAGUCUACGCCCCCCUCAACUCCGCUCCCGCCGGGCCCUCCCCCGCCCCUGAAGAUACCACCACCACAGCACAGCAACCCACAUACCAAACCGCCACGUCCGACAACAACAACAACACACUCAGCACCAUCGCCGACGACCUCAACCUCUCAAAAGCGCAACGGCGCCAACUCUUCGGCCGCAACGCGCCGGAAUCCGUGGCGGCCAGUUCCCGCGUCCUGCACUUCAACACGGACCAGGAGUACGUUACGAACCAGGAGCUGGCGCAUACGGAGCUGGCAGCGCAGCAACAUAACCCUGUCAGGGCGAUUGCGCCGGGUAAACAUACGCUGCAGCAGUUGGUUAAUGCGGCGAGUACGCAGCGUGAGGCGUUGGAGGAGAGCUUUGCUGCUGGGAGGAGGAAUAAGAAGGAGGCGGGGGCGAGGUAUGGGUGGUGAUUACUUUCAUAGGGUAUGGGUGUGUGUAUAGUGUUGCGUAUGUAGUGUAGUGAAGUUGGUGGUGGGGUGGGGGUUGCAUGGACGGAGUUUAUGAUUGUAUGGAGUUUGUUGAUGGUAGUACUGCUUUGGAUACUAGAAUAGUAGUUGAUAUAGCCAGAUAAUCCUAUGAGAUGGUGGAACUACCAAUCAUAACCGGGAAGUUAAGGAAAUAGAUGCAAU